GGGUUUCGAACAGGCUCAUUGGUGCUGCGUUCAACACCUGCCGUGCUUAUGCAACUUAUUGAUGUUCCACAGUGUUGUUACUGGUGAACCGAUGAAACGGAACGGCUUCUUCGAAUUCUCUUCUAGUUGAACGAGAUGUCAUAUCUAUACUUGAAAUGAUGGUGUCAUAUAUUCGAAUAAAACCAUUGAAGAGCUAUGUUAGAAGUAUGUCUAGUUGGUUUUGACAACUUGAAUAUAACCCAAUACCUCCCCGCCAGUGUCAGCCAAACCAGUCGAUGUCAGAUCCCGUCUCAUUCAGUUUUAGAGACAGUCAUGUAAUCGAGCACUAAUCGAAUGGUAGCUCAGUAAACGACCUUUAGUUUCGCUACCAUAUAUUACUGUACUACAGUGCACCCGGCAAGUUGUUGAAUGACAUCGUAACGUUAAGGUAACUACAGGAUCAAAAUGUUUCGACUUGCAACUGGUAGACGCGUAGUUUAUGAGGUGUCAGUCUGGAGAUGUCUUCAGCAGAAAACCAGAACAGCAAAUUACUCAACUUCAGCUCAACUGCUGUUUUGCUCUCAGUUUUCCUCUAGAGUGGCGUCCACCAAAAAGCUGCUGAGCAUCAGGCCAGUGAGCUUGUAUGCCUCACGUCUCUGCCAAAGCAAUUCCCAAAGCACCUCAGACCGAGGAAAUGCCAAGGAAGGCCUUAGUUUAAAAACCAUCACUCAGGCUCCCAAACCAGCCCUCUACCUUGGUUUUUCUGGACUUAUCCCUUUCUUAUCAGCCCCUCUCCUUAUGGCUGCUUCCCAGUCCUUCUACCCUGAAGUGGCAUAUGCUCAAGUCGUUUAUGGAGCCUCUAUUGUGUCCUUCCUUGGAGGUGCCCGCUGGGGGUUUGCCAUACCUAUUGGUAGUCCUGCUCAGCCAGACUGGAAGAACUUGGGCAACAGUGUAGUCCCCUCACUUUUGGCCUGGCUGUCCCUGCUCUGCAGAGACAAUAUUUCAGAGGGAGCCCUGGUAGUAAUCAUGGGACUAGGUUUGUCUCUGUAUUACGACCUGACACUGCUGCCUGGCUAUCCUGCCUGGUUCAAAGCCAUGCGAACUGUCCUCACUCUGGUUGCCACCUUCUCACUGGUGGCUACACUGAUUAUUAAAAAGUUCUGCACUGAGAAGAAGGUCAAAAAGAUUAUGAGCUGAAAGAAGAGACCAGUUUGUUCUGAUCUUUAUUUACUAAAUAAAAAUGUAUAAUUGAUUGAA